UCCUCAACAUUCAAUGGGAAAAUUGAAACAAACAAAUACUCCUCUAAUAUGGAUGUGUCAUAUCAUGGCCCCCUGGCCGUAAUUUUUCUACCCUUUUAUGGCUUUCUGCCCUCCCUCGCCGACCCUUUUCUUCCCCUGUUUCCUCUUCCAACAAAAUGUGGUUUCUUUAGGAGCUAUGGAAACUGAAUGCCAUUCCCCAGAUUUUCAUUUCUGUUUCAUUGCUAUUAUAAUCUGCACCAAAAUCUAAGGAUUUUGGGUUUUUUUUGCAAAUCUAUCAUCAUUAUUCAUUGUGAUUUGUGUCCUUCAAGAUUGUCCGGUCACACCUCAUCAACGAUCAAGCAUGUGCUCCUAUAGCAAUUUUCUUGGUUUUCUUGAAUGAGAACCCAUUCUUAAAUCUGGUUUCUUUCCAGUGCAGCACAUUCUUGAUGAUGAUCCGAACGAAAAAAAAUUGAUCUUUAUAUUAAAUGAUUUGUGUUUUUUAAGGAGAAAUUCAUACCAAUACUCCCAAAUCUGAUAUUCUACACGAAUCCUCCAAGAUUGUGUAUUUAUCCUCCGCAAUCCCAGAUAAUCAAUAUUUUUACACAAUGAUACUCCAAAAUUGCAUACCUCAGAAAGUAGGGAAUCCAUGUCUCUUGGAGUAUUAUUGUAAAAAAUAUUGAAUUUCUGCGAGCGAUUCUUGAUAAGGAUGAAACUUUUACUGCGGGUGAUCGAAGCCCGGAACAUACCUGGAAAUGACCAGAAUGGGCUGAGUGAUCCCUAUGUGAAGGUGAAGAUGGGGAAACAGAAGUUCAAGACCAAGGUGGUGAAGAAGUGCCUGAACCCAUCGUGGUGCGAGGAAUUCACCUUUCGUGUGGAAGACUUUAAGGAGGAAGAGCUUGUGGUUUCUGUCAUGGGUGAAGACAAGUACUUCAAUGAUGAUUUUGUUGGCCAAGUUAAGAUCAACACUUCUCAGGUUUUUGAAGCUGAUGGGAAGUCCCUUGGAACUGCUUGGUACACUUUGAAGCCCAAGAACAAGAAAGCCAAGAACAAGGACUGUGGUAAGCUUUUGUGUAUCUGUUCCCUAUGGUCAUAAAUUUGCCUGCAUAGUUGAAACUUGAAACUCAACAAAUGUUAGGGAAUGGGAGAAAACGUUAACUUUUUGAUUCUUCAUCCAAACCAAAAGACAAGCCCAAACUCCGCAUUAGCCAAAACCCCUCACGUAUUUGUCUUUGUACAACUCCAAAAAAAACUUUCAUCCAGACUCAAGUUUACUAUCAAUAGUGCUCACCUUUACCUGAUCCAAACAACUUCUUAUGAUUUUGAAUGCUUGGAUUUGUCAUUUGCCAAUGCUAUGGUGUUGUUUUGGUUUUUCAGGUCAAAUCCUUCUCACUAUUUGCUUCUCCCAGAACAAUUCUUCUGCAGGAGAAAUGCAGACCGGAUGUGACAUUGGUGUGGUGCAAUCAAAGAAGUAUAUCGACGCAGGAAGCGAAUUGGUUUCACGGUCUUCCUUUGGCUCUCUCAACUUCCCAUCCCCAAUGAGGAUAGAAGAAUUCAAAGAAGAAAAAUCAAAUACACAAACCACCUUGGUUGGUCGGAUUUACCAAAUUUUCAACAAGCAAGGCGAUGAACUUCCCCCAAAAUCUCCUGAUCUUCCAGAUGCUUCUGAAAUCGAGGAGAACAACGACAAUGCACCAGACGAGCAGCAGCAUUCUUCAUCGUCCUCAUCAUCACUGAGCUUUGAAGAGAUGAUGACAAACAUGGAGAUGAGAGAGCAGGAGAGCGAAAUUACUGAUUUGCCAGGGGUAGUAGUGGACCGAGUUUACUCAAUCGCGCCGAGUGAACUCAACUCGUUCCUCUUUUCCCCCGAAUCGAACUUCUUCAAAACCCUAAUGGACGCCCAAGGAUCCACGGAAUUCUGCUCGGGUCCUUGGAAGCUCGACAACGGCGGCGGCGGCGUUGAGAGUUUCAGAAGAGUGGUCACUUUCGUUAAGGCGGCGAGCAAACUGGUGAAGGCUUUGAGAACGACGGAGGAGCAGACGUACGUGAGGGCGGACGGGAAGACGUACGCGGUGUCGAGCACCGUCGCCACGCCGGACGCGCCGUACGGGAACACGUUCAGGACGGAGGUGCUCUACCGCAUCACUCCCGGCCCCGAUCUCCCCGCCGGAGAAGAGUCUUCCCGAUUGGUGGUCUCAUGGCGAAUGAACUUCCUGCAGAGCACUAUGAUGAAAGGUUUCAUCGAGAACGGGGCAAGGCAAGGCGUGAAGGAGAACUUCGAGCAAUUCUCGAGCUUACUGUCACAGAGCGUGAAACCAGUGGUGGAUCAUGAGCCGGGGAAGAAGAAGAAGGAUCUGGUUCUGGAGUCUCUCCGGGCGGAACCGCAAUCGGACGGGAAGCUGGCGGUUCAGUAUUUCGCGAAUUUCACGGUGAUUUCAGCGCUUUUAGUGGGGCUCUACGUGAUCUUUCACACUUUGAUCGCCGCGCCCAGCUCGAUCCAGGGGCUGGAGUUCGCCGGACUCGAUCUGCCGGACUCCAUUGGCGAGCUGAUUGUUUCUGGAGUUCUGGUGCUGCAGGGCGCGCGUGCGCUGAAGCUGGUUUCGGGCUUUAUGCAGGCCAGAGUGCAGAGAGCCAAAGGUGGUGACCAUGGUGUCAAAGCUCAGGGAGAUGGUUGGCUAUUGACUGUUGCAUUGCUUGAAGGAAGCGAUUUGGUAGCAGUUGAAUCGGGCGGGGUUUCUAACCCGUAUGUGGUUUUUACUUGCAAUGGUAGAACUAGAGCUAGCUCAAUCAGGUUCAGAUGUUCAUGUCCUAAGUGGAAUGAAAUAUUUGAGUUUGAUGCAAUGGAGGAGCCUCCAUCUUUGCUGAAUGUUGAAGUCUUUUGUUCUGAUGGACCUUCCCAUGAAGCUUCAUCUAUUGGGCACGCUGAAAUCAAUUUUGUUAAAACAAAAGUUAUAGAUCUGUCUGAUUUUUGGAUUACUCUUCAAGGGCAGUUCGCGCUUGCCUGCCAGUCUAAGUUGCAUUUAAGAAUUGUGUUGAAAAAUACAAAGGGUAGCAAUGUUGUCAAAGAUUAUUUGUCUAAGAUGGAGAAGGAAGUGGGAAAGAAGAUAAAGUUAAGGUCUCCGCAAACAAAUUCAGCAUUCCAAAAGCUUUUUCAGCUUCCACCAGAGGAGUUCCUUAUCAACGACUUCUCUUGUCAUUUGAAGCGUAAAAUGCCCCUUCAGGGACGUCUAUUUCUGUCUGCAAGAAUAAUUGGGUUUCAUGCAGAUCUUUUUGGCCAUAAGACAAAUUUUUUCUUUCAUUGGGAAGAUAUAGAAGAUAUUCAAGUCAUCCCCAAGACUUUGGCAUCAAUUGGCAGCCCAAUUGUUAUCAUGACUUUAAAGUCAGGCAGAGGGUUUGAUGUCAAACAUGGUGCAAAGACUCAAGAUGCUGAGGGCAGGCUAAAGUUCCAUUUUCAGUCCUUUGUGUCUUACAGUAUGGCUCUUAGGCUGAUCAUGGCACUAUGGAAGGCGAGAGCUCUGAGCCCAGAGGAAAAGGCACGAAUAGCUGAAGAAGAAUCCAAGGCUAAAAGCCUCCAGAUCGGUGAUGAGGAUUCUAUGGACAAAAACAUACAAGCAGAUGAUGACACUGAAGGAAAAAACAUACAAGGUGAAGAGAUGGAUUUAUCCACUGGAGAUGAUGAUCUCACUAUGUCCAUUGCUUAUUCCUCCGUGCUUUCUAUUCCUACAGAUUUUUUCAUGGAGUUAUUUAGUGGGAAUGAACUGGACAAAAGAGUUAUGGAGAGAGCUGGAUGUAUGAACUAUUCGCACAGUCCAUGGGAAUCCGAGAAGUCUGAUGUGUAUCAAAGACAACUUUACUACAAGAUUGAUAAAUGGCUAUAUCGGUACAAAGUCGAGGUGACUAGCACACAACAGAAAUCCCACCUUCCUGAAAAGAAUGGUUGGCUUGUCGAAGAGGUCUUGACAUUUCACGGGGUUCCUCUGGGCGACUAUUUUAAUCUUCACCACAGGUAUCAAGUUGAGGAUGUAGCAUCAGGAACCAUAGGAUGCAAUGUCCAGGUAUACUUUGGAGUGCAAUGGUCCAAAUACAUCAAACAUCAGAAAAGGAUCACCAAGAACAUCGUCUCCAACCUUCAAGAGCGGUUGUUGAUCAUGUUUAGUGCACUCGAGAAGGAAUAUCUAUCCGAGCAGUAAUUGGGCAUGGCGAAACCACCAACACUAAACCAUCGCCGCCAGGAUUCAUCAUCAACAAAGUCGUCCCCCCUAAUGAGCAAUCUCUCGUCCCGAAAGAGGUUCAGGAGUUAGCAAUGCUAUGAUUUCUACAGUGAGAUCUCUCUCUACAAAUGGGAGACAAAGGGACACCCCCACCCCCCCCAAAAAAAACCAAAAAAAGAAAAAUUGAUAUGGUAGCUUAGUUGUUGGUACCCUGAGCGAAUAUCAGUGGGACAAACGGUGUUCGGGCUUUCAACUAAUCCAGAAGCUUGAGUUACUGUCUGAUAACUAAGAAGGUUUUGCAAGGUAUGGUUGCUAAACUUGGUGUGUAAAAAGGUUUUUUUUACCUUACAGUUAGAGUGAACCUUGAAACCUGAUUGAUAUAGCAGUGUUGUGACUGCAACUCUUCUCUUCCAUGCAUAUGAUACAGUAUAACUAAAUCUACUCCAUGUAU